AUGUCACUAUUAGAAUCCGAAAAAAAAAUGAAAUCUCAUAUAACGAUCAAAUCAAAGGUUAGUACUGAAGAUAACCUUGAAAAUGGAACUAUAUUCGACGAGCAAGAUCAUAAUGUAUUCGUUGACAACGGUGAGGGACCAGAUUUCAGAGGUGUUUCUUGUCUCGGCGCCGCAGUUUUGAUCGCGAAAACCCAGUUUGGUUUAGGUGUUCUUGGUUUACCCCAAACUUUCGAAGUUUUGGGAUUUGUACCUGGUUAA